GAUCCGCCCGAGCCACGUGACCCGCGCGUCAUCGCCCCGCGCCGCCGCCGCCGCGCCGCCAUCAUGUCGGCGCUGGGGGCCGUGGAGGCGGCCGGGCCCGGCGGGGCCCUGUUCCGGCCCCUCAGCGCCGAGGACGGCGAGCAGCAGCCGGCAGAGAUCGAGUCGCUGUGCAUGAAUUGCUUCCGCAACGGAGUGACGCGGCUCCUGCUCACCAGGAUCCCCUUCUUCAAAGAGAUCAUCGUCAGCUCCUUCUCGUGCCCCAGCUGCUCCUGGUCCAACACGGAGAUCCAGGCGGCGGGCAGGAUCCAGGAGCAGGGCGUGCGCUACACCCUGGCCGUCAGCUCCCGCCAGGACAUGAACAGGGAGGUGGUGAAGACCGAGUGUGCCUCGGCCCGAAUUCCGGAGCUGGACUUUGAGAUCCCUGCCUUCAGCCAGAAGGGAGUGCUCACCACCAUCGAGGGCAUCAUUGACAGGGCUGUGGCAGGCCUGGAGCAGGACCAGCCCGCCCGCAGGGCGACGGACAAAGAGGUGGCGAGGAAAAUAGACGAGUUCAUUGGUAAACUGAGGCAGCUGAAGGAAGUCAAUUCCCCCUUCACCUUUGUCCUGGAUGACCCCUCCGGGAACAGCUUUGUGGAGAACCCGCGGGCGCCGCAGAGGGACGAGGCCCUGGUGGUCGCUCACUACAGGAGGAGCCCCCAGCAGUGUGCCCUGCUGGGCCUGGAGGUGAGCGGGGCAGCCCCCGCUCCCCGGGGCCCCCGGAGCAGGGAGCAGGAGCUCACGCCGCCCUUGCAGGGAGAGGAGGGCGAGGCCAGGCCGCCGGACGCCGCCGAGGACCUGAGGGACGAGGUGCUGCAGUUCAACACCAACUGCCCCGAGUGCAACGCCCCGGCCAGCACCAACAUGAAGUUAGUGCAGAUCCCACACUUCAAGGAAGUGAUUAUCAUGGCCACCAACUGUGACUCCUGUGGGCACAGGACCAACGAGGUGAAGUCUGGAGGAGCCAUCGAGCCGCAAGGCACCAGGAUCACGCUCAGGAUUACAGACCCUUCCGACAUGACCAGGGACAUCCUGAAGUCAGAGACGUGCAGCGUGGAGAUCCCCGAGCUGGAGUUCGAGCUGGGCAUGGGGGCGCUGGGGGGGAAGUUCACCACGCUGGAGGGGCUGCUGAAGGACAUCCGUGAGCUGGUGGAGAAGAACCCCUUCUCGCUGGGGGACAGCUCCACGCCCAGCAGGACAGGGAAGCUGCAGGAGUUCAUCGGGAGGCUGCAGGACAUCAUAGAGGGGAAGGCCCAGGCUCACUUCAUCAUGGAUGACCCUGCAGGCAACAGUUACCUUCAGAACGUGUACGCCCCGGAGGAGGACCCGGAGCUGCGCGUGCAGCGCUACGAGCGCUCCUUCGAGCAGAACGAAGAGCUGGGGCUGAACGACAUGAAAACAGAGGGCUACGGGCCGGAGCCGGCCCUGGGCCGGUAGAGCCGGGCCAGCCCCCCUUCCCCAGCUGCCCCAGGGACCAGCGCGGCUGUGGGGCCAGGGCUCCCCGGCCCCUCCUGGCCUGGGGAGCGGCUCCCCAAUAAAGCUGAUGGAAAACGCU